GCGGGGGGGUCUUUGGGCGGAGGAGGCGGGCGAGGCAGGUGCGCGAUGCGAAGGAGCGUGGAAGGAAGACCGUCCAGUCUGUUUCUGCCCGCUGGAGGCGAGAGCAUGACCCAGCAACAGGUGUCCCAGAGCUGAAAGAGGCUGGUUCGUCCUGCACCCCAACAUGUCGUACUUCGCAGAGCACUUCUGGGGAGAGAAGAACCAGGGCUUUGAUGCCCUCUACCACAACAUGAAGCACGGGCAAAUCUCGGCCAAGGAGCUGGCGGACUUCGUGCGGGAGAGGGCGGCUGUCGAGGAGGCCUAUGCCAAGUCCAUGGUCAAGAUGUCCAAGAUGGCCGGCAACAGCACCCAGCUAGGGACCUUUGCCCCCCUCUGGGAGGUCUUCCGCAUCUCUUCUGACAAGCUGGCACUGUGCCACGCUGAGCUGGUGAAGAAGCUGCAGGAUCUCAUCAAGGAGAUUGCCCGCUACGGGGAGGAGCAGUUGCGAACUCACAGAAAGUCGAAGGACGAAGUGGCCGGGACCUUGGAGGCCGUUCAGCAGCUCCAGGGGGCUGCCCAGCACCUGCCCAAGGCCAAGGAGGCCUUCCACAGCCGAUGCCAGGAGCUGGAGCGGCUCCGCAGGGAGGGUGCCAGCCAGAAGGAGGUGGACAAGGUGGAACUGAAGUCCCAGGCGGUGGACACUCUGCGGCGCACUGUGGAGAAGUACAAUGCGGCCCGUGCUGACUUUGAGCAGAAGAUGCUGGACUCGGCGGUGCGCUUCCAGGAGGUGGAGGAGUCCCACCUGCGGCACAUGAAGGCUCUGGUUAGCUCCUACAUCCACUCGGUAGAGGACACCCACGUCCAGAUUGGGCAGGUGCAGGAGGAGUUCAAGCAGAACAUGGAGAACAUCGGGGUGGAGACGUUGCUGCGCAGCUUUGUGGAGAGCAAGGGGACUGGCUGCGACCCGCCAGGGCCCCUGGACCUGGAGGAGCUGAGCGUGAUGUCCUCGCAGGAAGGGCCCAAGCGAAGCCGCAGCAAAGCCUUCCGCAUCCCCGGUCUGGGUCGCAAGGAGCGCGGGCGGGACUCGGCAGAGUCUCCGGAUGCGGAUUCGGGGCCCCCCGAAGUGGACGAGGAAGGGUUCACCGUCCGGCCCGAAGUGCACCAGAAUGAUAUCCUUUGCGGUGGGGUUUGCGCCCGCCGCUGCUCAUCCAGUGACUCGGACUAUGACGACGACGAGCCCCCCAAGUUCUACAUCCGGAUCAAGCCCGUCCAGCCUCCGGAGCGGGCCGGCAGUGCCGCCACCUCGGCUGCAGCAGAGCAGCUGAAGGCCUCUGUGGGCAGCCUCAUCCGGCCACCCUGCGUGGCGGGCACGAUGAAGAGGCAUUCGUCCAGGCACUUGAAAACCUUCCCUUCGGCUGCGGUGGAAACUGACCCUGGUGCAGCCCCGGGCACGGGGGAGAGAGGCGUCAAAGCAGGAAGCGCUCCCGCCCCCCAGCCGGUGUCCCGGACGAGCAGUGGCGACAGCAAAAGCAAGCCAGAGGUCCUCCCUGCUAGCGCUUUGUUUGGGCCCCCGCUGGAAUCUGCCUUUGAGAAUGAAGGAUUCACAGCCCCCCGAGCCUACCUGCUGGCCUCCAGCCCCUCCCCGUUCUCCUCCUCCUCCCCCGAGAAUGUGGAAGACUCUGGCCUGGACUCACCCCCCCACCUGGCCAUGAGGCCCUCCCCAGAGUCCCGCCUGUGGAGCUCCCGGCCAGCCACACCCCAGAGCCCCCCGGGCCCAAGGAACCCCAAAAGCGGUGUCAUCUUCCGGGGCAGCCGCGGCGCACUUCUGCCUGAGGAUGGACCCAGCCCCUGGCUGCCCCAGCCCUCCACCCCCUUGGAUGCCCCCUUCGGGGCAGAGCCAGACUGGGCAGUCUCCGGGGCCUCAUGGCCCCCCACAGGGGCCCGGGGCCUGUCUGCCUGCUCCCCUGACCUCUUCUCAGAGGCCGGAGUGGGGGGGCGGCGGCUCUGGGUGGCCCGGCCUCGGAGCACGGUGGCCUCGGACGGCCCCCCCCGGGCCGGGGAGCGCGACAGCUGCCUCUCGUCCAACUCGGCCUCCUCCUCCUCCUCAUCCCCCGCCCCCCUGAGCAGCGGAGACUCCACCAGCCCAUCCCCAUGGGCCCCCCGGGGCCGCGACUCGGACAGCAGAGGCCCUUCUGCCUCGGACGCCUCCUCUGAGCACACUUCCCUUCCCCCGUUGGCCCCACACGGCUGGGCCCCCACGGCGGCUCCUGCUUGGCGAAGCUUCUCCAAAAGGCCCUCGGCCGCUUCCGCCACUGGCUUUGGGGGUGAGACGCCCCGCUCCUUCAGCCCUGCCCCACUGUCGGUGUUGUCCUCCUCGCAGAGCACCUCAGCCUUGACGGAGCGCGCCUUCUUCACGGCCACGCAGCCGGGGCUCGGUGUCUCCCGUGGGCCCUCCCCCGUGGUUCUGGGCUCCCAGGGUGCCCUGCCCGUGGCCACAGCUUUCACAGAAUACAUCCAUGCUUACUUCAAGGGCCAGAAUCCGGACAGCUGCCUCGUCAAGGUCACCGGGGAGCUGACCAUGUCCUUCCCGGCGGGCAUCAUCCGCGUCUUCAGCAGCGCCCCGGCCCCUCCUGUCCUGAGUUUCCGCCUGCUCCACACGGCCCCCAUCGAGCAGUUCCUGCCCAACACCAGCCUGCUUUUCAGUGAUUCCUCCCAGAGUGACCCGAGUAGCAGGGACUUCUGGCUCAACAUGGCCGCCCUCACCGGGCACCUCCAGAAGCAAGCCGAGCAGGCAGGGGCCGCCCCUUACUACAAUGUGACCCUGCUCAGAUACCAGUACUCCAAGCAGGGCCAGGAGUGGGCCCCACUGCAGCUGUCUGUGAACUGGGAGUGUGCUGCGGAGGCCACCCGGGUGAGCGUGGAUUACCGCUACAAUGCGUCGGCCCUGGCCUCGGCUGUGACGCUCACCAACGUGCAGGUCCUGCUGCCCAUCGAGGAAGCGGCCACCAAUGUCCAGCCGCAGCCCAAGGCUUGCUGGAACCUGGAGGAGAAGCGUUUGCUCUGGAGGCUCCUGGAUGUCCCCGGCACCCAGGGCCACGGAGGUUCUGGCCGCCUCCUGGCCAGCUGGGAGCCCCUGGAUGGUCCCAGCAGGCCGACCCCCGUGGCCGCCCAGUUCACCAGCGAGGGGAGCACGGUCUCGGGAGCUGACGUGGAGCUGGUGGGCAGUGGCUACCGGAUGUCCCUGGUGAAGAAGAGGUUUGCCACAGGAAUUUAUCUUGCUGGCUCCUGAACGUCCACGGCCCUGGGAACUUUCCCUUUUAAGUCUUCUGGGAGACAGAAAUAAUAUAUUUGUGUGUUUUAAAUUAUUUUUUGCCUGGAUUUUAAACCCUGGAGGAAAAAGCCCUGUGGGAGGGUGAAAAGUCAGAAGAGGAUGUGAAAUUUGAAAACUUUGGAAUCCACACCUGUUGCACUGAAAGUUUUUUUUUUUGUCCCUCUGCUUUUAUUUCGAUUCUCUGUCCGUCCGUCUUUUGAAAUGUCUUUGGUCCUACCCCUUUUUGGAAGCCGCCAAAGGGAAGGGCACCAGUUUGGUCUUUUAAUAAAAAUGUUUUUCUAA